AUGGCGGCAGCUGCAGCAGCCAGUAGCCUGUUCAGCGACAACAGCGACAUUGUUCAGGCCCCAACAGUCUCAAGCUCUGUGCCUUCGAUUUCUGAAUGUUCCCACCGUGGUGGCUUAACUGGAAUGUUUAAGGUUCCGUCGCUGGUCUUUGACAUCGAGCUGGAGGACAAUGGCAUCGGAGCUCACUGGCAAGAAGAAGAUUGGGAGGAGGAUGAAGUCGUGACGGAGAUUCAGAAAUUUGUUCAACCGUCCACGCCAGCUGAGGCACGGCUACUCAGCGACGUCAGAGUUGCAUGCGGCCACGCCAAGGACGGGCAAGACACAGCACGCCUCGUGUCAAUUUUGUCGGCAUUGGGUUACAAUUGCAGCCUUCGGACUGCCCUAGGGGGCGGUGAUGGGGCGGACUGCCUUCGAAACCUGCGCCACACCUUCAUUAUCUGCGACACGCCCGGCGUCAGCGGCGGACCCCCUCGCCGCCACAUCAUCGACCCCCAGUUCAAGGAGCAAUUCAUCAUCGCCAAGACCACAGCGCGGUACGCGGCCAUCCUGGCGGCUGUCCCGCCCGUGUUUGUGGGUCCGGAGGAGCACCUGCCGCUGCUGGUGAACUUCCUAUGUAACGAAAUGAGCGCCGCGUUCCGACAGCUGGGGUCGGUGUUGCCGCCUUGGCGCCACGCCAGCAGUAUGUUGUCGAAAUGGAGGCCUAGGAAGUCCGUCGACGAGGCGGGGAUUGCGGCGGCGGCGGCGGCGGCUGGAUCGCACUCCCGGCGCUGCGUCGGUGCCGAGGUCGGUGGCAGCGGCGGCGGCGGCGGUGGUGGUGGUGGUGUUGCUAUCCCGUCCUAUGGUGAGGGUGGUCUUCACGGCUCGGCUGUAGCGCAGAGCCCGGCCCUUGGAUUGCUACAGCCCCACUGGCCGCUACCUUGCAAACCGGGAGUCCAGCAGCCGCAGUCGCAGCAGCCUCUGCACCACUGGCAACAGGCAGCAAGAGCGCAGCUGGAUGGUUCCCAGCACCAGCGGCAGCGGUCCGGGGGCCCAGGGCGCCCCAGCUACGAGCCACAACGUGUGGUGUUCGGAGGCAAUUUCGUGCCCAUUGUGCCCUCUACGGCACUGGCCUCCUAG